AUGUGUGCUCAAGCUGGUGUGAAAUGGGAUCCUUCAGAGCCUUUGUUGCAGUCCAUGCAUAAACUGAAUAGAUCCUCCAUCACUCGCUUCAAGGUCACUGACACUGCAGGGGCUAGCUCAUCUUAUCAUAUUCAGGCUAGGCCACCGCCAUCAACCAAAAAUAUGACCUUGGUGGACCGUAAGACACUUGUGGAGGAAUCUCUGUACACUACCUCUCAAGAGCUGCAUGCUCACCGUACUGAAUUCCAAGCACAGCAGCAACGCAUGAUUGAGUGGGCCAGUUAUCAAGAUGUUUGUUUCAGGAUGAGUGUCAUUCACCUUGGCAUGGAGAUGACAAACUAUCCACCUGCACCACAGUGGAUUCAAUUGUAUCCACCACCUAUUCCCAUGAUGCAAGAUGAUGAAAACGAGGAGGAAGCUAAAGAUGAUCAAGGAGACGCUUGA